AUGGUUAAUCUGACACUUAUCAUCACGUCAGUGCUCUUUGCAGUGUUGGUUAUUAUUGGUGCCAUUUAUUUUGUGGUAUAUUUCCAAAGUCCAACAGAUAAAUGGGUUGCAUGGUUUCCUAAAGUAAUUGUGAUACUCUCACUUUCAUUGGCAGCAUGGAACAUUUUUUUAUUACCACUUGAUGUUGCGAAUCAAUCAGGGAGUGUGGGAGCAAGUCCUGGUGGAAUACCUAUACAAACCCUUACUCUAGCAUUCUAUGCCACCUCUAUUAUUAUUGUGCUGGUAGUCAUGCCAUUCACGGUGUUUUACUAUGAGGGAGAAGACAACAAGGAUGACGAAGAUGCACCAAAACGAUCCGCUUCUGGUCAAUUCGGAUAUGCUAUUAAAUGGAUUAUUCCAACCCUGGCAUUUAUAGCAGGAAUUGUUGCUGCCAUGUACUGGGGUGGUCUUGGAUAUGCCCAAAUAUCCACCACCUAUCUCCAAUCGCCACUUUUUGACACGACAGAUCUAGAAGCCAACUCGCUUGCUGGAUUCUAUACUUUUCAGUUUUAUUGCAACACCACUGCAGUUGGGAAAACUAUUACAUUAACGCCGCGUGUACCAUUGGCUGUAAAUGCCAGCGCACCAACUUAUACUGUUACACCCGCCGGAACCUCUGGCUCACCAGGAUUUGGUUGCGCUAGUGUUAGUGGUACUCCAAUUUGUUGCGCUGUAACAGCUGUCAACGAAGUUGUUGUUUCUGUUGGUGUGUUUGUUAUUGCAGUUAUUACUUUACUGGGAUGGAUCAUUUUUGCAGUGUUUGGUGGUGUUGGUAUGGCCUCAUUGCCGUACGAUAUGCUCAAUGAGUUUCAGCACCGACCCAAACCAAUCAGCUCAACUGAAUAUGCUGAGAGAAAAGUCAAGAUUGGCCAGCAGGCUCAAUUGUUAAUGGAAGUGGGUAAAACGGUCAAUCAAGAAGUCAAAGAGGCUGCUCGUGGCAAUAGUUUCAACAAACGCUACCGAGUGAUCAAGAAUCGAGAGCGUCAAUUCCGCAAAGAUGUGAUCAUUUUGGACUACCAUUACAAAAAGCUUGAAGAAUGCUAUCGAUUUCAAAGUGGAAAUAUUUUGCUUCAGUAUAUUAAACUGUUUUUGGCAUGCCUCUCAACUUUGCUGACUCUUCUUUGGACUAUCCAUAUUGGACUGUAUGUAAUUCCCUCCCUUUUGCAACAGAGAGGACAGGCAGUCAAUCCAGUUUCACCAUUCUUGAACGAUAUGCUUAAUCUAACACAAGGAGUGCCAGUGGUGGGAAUUUUCCUUUAUGCUCUGUUUACAUUCUACCUCUUAUUUUGCGUUCUAAAGGGUAAUGCAAAGCUUGGAAUGCGAUUGGUCUUUAUCACAGUCCACCCUUUAGUUGUUGGCGAGACUCUUAUGAGUGGACUGGUCUUUAAUGCAGGAAUCAUUCUUCUUUGUUCGCUACCGCUUGCACAAUUCUGCAAUGUAGCCUUUGCAGGCUAUGCACAGUACACAUCUAACCAAUCGAUUUUCGGAGUGUCCAUUUCAACACUCAAGGGCAUUUCUGUUGGGUUUGAUGUGUGCGUGUAUGUGAUGCUAGGAUUUAUGGUGAUUACAUUCUUUUAUAAUAUGUACAAUCCAUACAAGAAAGAAAAGGAGAACCAGCUCAAAUUUAAUUGGUAA